CAUUCAAAAUGGAAUCUCCGAGUACACAUAGUGAACAUUUUGGAGAAAAUACACAAAACCGGCUAUCAGCAAAUAAAGAUACUGUAAAUUCUAUCAUGCGAAUAGUAAAAGACGAACUGGAUGACCACAUAAGCAGAACUCCUGAAUUUACAAAUGAGGAAAAGACGAGAUUUCAGACCCGAUUAAUCCAGAUUUACCAGGAAAGUCUGCUUAAAAGUUUACAGCUUUCUGAUGAGUCAAACGUGGGGCAGCAUAGUUCAAGUGAGACACCGAUGGAAUGCCCGCCAUGUGAUGUGGACUCAUGCGUUGUUGCCGUGGCAUUCAAGCGGAAAGUGUUUCCUCAACAGUGUGCCACUCUUCUCGCUGAACAGUUCGAUUCCAAACAACUGUUGCUGGACAAGAUGGAAUACAACAUUAAGGCAGCCUUGGAUGAAACAAAUUAUGAGACACAAUCUGAAUCAGCAGAGCCAUCUAGUGGUCAAAUAGAGCGAUUACGUGAUGCAGCAGAAAAGAUGCAAAGGCUCAUGAAGAACAUGCCUGAAGUGCAGAGAAAAUCAGAGCGGUUAUGCACUGCACUACGCAUGCACCACAGUACACUGAAGUCUACAGGCAUUAUCACCAGGCAUCAGACACAUUCCAUGAAGAACACAGUCAUUGCACUAAAAAGAGAAAAGCUGGCAGCAAAGAGCCGCUCGGUAUCGCACCGAUAUAACACCAGGCGGAGCUGAUAAUAGGUGUGUGCGACUUUUUAGCUUUUUUAACUUACAGAUUACAGUAAGCAUAGAUAGUUUGAGUUUCCAACAUUCUCAUUGAAGUUUGGAUCUGCUAGCGUAAAAACCAAGGCAAGCUCAUAAUUUGUCAGUCAUGUCCCCCAGCCUAUCUCAGCAACUAUCACGAGUGUUGAAUCAAUUCCACCCACCCAACACCAAAUGCUUUUUAUUAUUUAUGGUGUGCAACCCUCCCCAAUUCUAAGCUGAAUGAAGAAUGUGAGCAGGUAUGAUAUUGGGCAUUCAGCACAUUUUUUUGUUUGUACUUGGUUGAAUAAGCAGAACUUGGUACUUUUUCACAGUCAUUUAAAUUGUCAGUACCUGGCAUGUGAAAGAAUUACAUGCAAAACAGUCAAUCAAUUUGCUAGCUAGGGAACUGUCCAAAGCUGCACACUUAAGGUAUGACCAUCACUAACAUAAUAUUACAGAAUAUUUGGAGCCAGCUGGAAGAUUUGAUUUGAUUCAUCAUAUACCAAAAGAUAAGCAGAAUACAAGUGUGUGGGAUAUAGUAAUACAGUGAAGACAGUAACAGCUUGCUGGAGCAUGCAACUGACAAAUACAUGUUUUCACACAUAUAUAUAUAUAUAAAUAUAUAUAUAUACAUAUACAUAUAUCUGGGUUAAUUGUUACUCAACCGUGAAGAUUGAAAACGUACAGCUGACGAUUUUCAGGAGUCUGUAUCCCCCCUCAUCACAGUUGAUAUUCGGGGUCUUGAGAAAGCCCCCUGAUAGGAGGCAAAACGUCAGCUGUAAGUUUUCAAUCUUCACGGUUGAGUAACAAUUAACCCAGAUAGAUCUAUUAGUCUACCAAGCAACCAACAUAUUUAAUGAGUUAUAUAAUAUAUAUAUAAAUGUAAAGCUGGAUAUUGAUUUCACACUGCCACACAUUGUGUAUGCAGUAUAUUUGUAUAAUAAUUGUAAAUAUUAAUUUUACACAGAAUAGCUUGGUUCUGUAAUGAAUGUUUUUCAAAAACAUCCAUUUAUAUGUGUAAUUACAUGAAUAACAGUAAGCACUUUUACGUAUACAAACAUGCUCGCAUAUUGAUGAACUCUGUUUAGAGCAUAGUGGAAAUAGUGCUUUACAAUAAUGUGUAAAUAGUGAUAUUUUGUACUGAGACAAUAGUUAAUUAGACAUUAGUUUGAUUGCUAAAUUGAUGUGUGAUAUGCCAAAAGAACAGUGUUUAAAAUGAGAUAUUGUAGGUACUUUUCAUGGUAUGGUUCGAUAAAAUGCCCCCCCCCCUCAGUGAGAAUAAGUAGCAGUGUAAGCCGCAGCAGUACAGUGGUAGGCCUUGCAAUAGUACUUGAAUACACAUUAGCAUUCACUGCAGUAGCAGCUGCAGUCAGAGUGGCAGCAGCAACAACAAAGCACGCUCUGUGGCACUAGUUGUGGAAUGAGCUGAAUAUAUGUAAUAGUGCGAUUAUAAGGAUCCAAUAUAUUUAGCUGGCAUGUUUGAAACCA